AUGGCGUCUGCGUCGAAGCCAGCAACAUACAAGCGGUACACAGCUCGGAACACAUAUCAAGGAGCGGUGCCGCCAGCGGCUGUUCUGAUCGAGGACUUUGUGGCAGAGCGUGCGCAUGAUGCGGGCAAGCUCGUCGAGUCAUUGGACCAUGCUGACACUGUGCCAAGACAUCUUCGGCGACGCGCGAGAAGUUGGCGGCCCUUUGGUUUAUUGAGAUGUCGCGCUCCAGUUAUGGCAGAUGCACGGGUUGUGCGACGCAAGAGGAACAGAUACCGAUCCAUAGCCACAACAAGCAAUUCUGCAGCGGUGCUCGCUGCCGAAGAGGAGCCCGGAACUGGUAACAUUCGUGUCCGUGUGCGGAAGCACUGGCGGCGUCCUGCCAUUUUAUUGAGGGCCCAUGCUUCUGGGGUGCCGCCGCUUGCAGGCACCUCGCAGAAGUACCUUCAGACCCACAUAUGGCAUGCCAAGCGAGCACGCAUGGAGAACCUUUGGAACCAUCGGCUGGCUACCCACAACUGUGGUCUUGGGGUCCGCGUGCUGUACCGAGCCAUGUCUCGGCAUUGUUGCAUGCACGAUCGGAGCUACAUGCAGCUGAUUGAGAUCUUCGGGUCCGAAGACUCUAUCGUACAGAUCUUGAGUCGCUGUGGGGUCCAAAAGCGCUUAGCUCUCAGUGCAAGCGCGCGAAGUGGAAGCCGUAGAUUUCGCUCAAUGCUAUAUGCUUGCAACACAGAUCAGCUCGUCGCUCCGGUGCUGAUGUUAUGGUGCCCAUCAUUGUGCACCAAGCGACAAGUUGCAAAGGAAUCCAGCAGCGAAGAGGAGAUGUUGCCGUUCGUCGUUGAUGUCGGGAAGGAGACAGCUCCGCAACCGGAUAUCAACAUGUCAAACGAUGAGGACAGCAAGCAGGACCAGGUUGAAGGCUGGAAGAUGUGGGUCUGGGUGCAUCCAUCGGCUGUUGACGAGGCGCUCUCCAACCUCACGUUGGCGGCUCAGCAAGCUGCUAGCACACCAAGUGGCAGCAAGCCUUCUGUCACUGCCAUGCCGGGCCUUGGGUUUUUGGAGCUUUCUGGACCGAAAGCUUUGGAGGUGCUUGCCCGCGUCGUUCCACCAGAGGUGUGUCGAGACUCUGCCGCUACAAGAUUGUGGCGACAGGUUUCUUCGGCUUGUGGCGGUGCGCGGGUGGUUCCACCCCACGGUGCUGUGCUGGCCAUCCAGUUAGAGGAGUCGGUCCUAAACCAGUGCAAGACGGCUGGGCUUGCAGCUGGCAGGCAACCGAAUCAAGGAGACCAUGGAAGCGAGUGGCUCGCUCGCUGGCCAGAUCAGGUGCAGCAGUGCCACCUCUGGGACACCUUCUCGAUGCAGGAUGGACUCGAUGUGUUGUUGGUGUUCCGUGGCGGCGGCAAGAUAGCUGACUGUGCUGCCGGUGUGGACAUGAUCCUUCCAGCAGGUGCUUGCCACAAGCUGUGGUUGCGGUGCUACUUUGCCGGCUGUCGAGCCAUCGGUGUGCGUGAUCGCCACUCGCUGCUCUCUGAUGCAGCUUUGCCGGAGUUUCCUUUCGAUUUUCCAGAUACGCAAGCUGGACAAAAGCAAUCGGCCCAAGAGGGUUCGGAGUCGCGGGCUCGCUUUCAACGCCGACCACCUGCCAAGCGACCCAACUUCGACUUGCUCGGUAUUCAUUCUCCUCAUCUACUUGACUGGAGAAUUCUCGCUGCCGAGGACGACCAGCAGAGGCCAAAGGUGUGCCGAACCAGCCAGCUGGUGCUGCUCUCCCAGCCGCGACGUUGUUUCUCGCAUCCAGGCCUUCUACCUGUGACCGUUCGAAGCGCUGCGCGUGGGAUGCCUCGAGGCAAGUGCCAUCUCUACCGACCUUCGGUCGAAGACUUGAAUCGCCUGAACGCACCAGGACUUGGAAAUCCUGGUGGCCACGGCCGUGGAGAGUCUCGCCCCAUGCGCUUGCCUUCGAGGGACCAGCCGCCCGCCCUUGGGCCGCCUGAAGUGCUCCGCUUGGAGGAGCCGCGGCACACUUCGUAUCGGUUGAGAAGACGGCGAGCCGAGGAAGUGGAGACUAGGAAAGCCGAGGUGGCCGCCAUCCGGCCAUUGGUCGGGUUCGUGACAUCUGGAAGCUUCUCUUAUCGACAUGGAUGUGGUGCAGGUGUCGGUGCUGUUGUGGCCGGGGUGUUGGGUGAUCUGGUACAGCAAUCAGGUGGAGCCGGUGAUGUGCCCCGAUGGAUUUGGCUUUGGGCGCGGAACACGACAUCCCUCGUCUACUUCCCGGUUUGGGUGCAGUGUCUCCCUGACGACCAGGGCUUUGGAUAA